AUGGCGUUUGUGGCCAACGAGGCAAGCCGCAGCUGGCUGGCACUGCAGCCAGGCGCAGGUGCGCCACAACGAAUCUUCGCACCGGAGCGAUGCAGCCGAGGGAUAGGAGUUCCACGGGCUGCAGGUGGAGAUGGUGUCACUUCGACUUUAACCAAAACAUCGACGUUGAUCAAAAAGGCCUUUCUUUGUAGCGCCUUCGUGGUCCUAAGUGCCAUUGGGCCCAUCCUCUUUGACUGGGUGAAGCGUCACAACGCCGGGCGUUUCCCGUUCUUCGUCCCCGCCUUGGUCUUCCACGCCUGGGCCAUCGAUGGCCUCAUCGGGCUGCUGUGGGCGGCGGCGCAGGGACGCAAGGGGCUGAAGUUGUUGUGGCGUCCAGAUAUGCUUUGGCGUUUCUUCAUUACAACGUCACUCUUCGUGGCUGGCGAUAUGUUGAGCUUCAUGUCCAUCGCGCAUUUGGAUGUUGGCACCUUCAGCUUGGUCGGAAAGGCUUUGGCGAUCAUUCUCACGGUGCUGUUGUCGCGCGUGGUGCUGAAGAAGGGUCAAAGUCCUCAGCAAUAUGCCUUGGUGGUUGCCGUUGCAGUGGCCACAGUGGUGUUCUGCCAAUCAGAGGCACAUGCCAGACAGAUGGCUUCACAGGCAUUGAGUCGAAGCUCGGUGAACAUGGCCUCCAUGGAGUGGUGCCUGGGUCUGACGGAACGAUCCAUCGCCGUCUUCCUGACCUCACUGGCAGCGGUCUUGCAGGAGCAGCUACUCACCUUCCGUCCUGGCAUACCCUUUCUGGUGCAGCAGAGUUGGAUGAGCUUGGCAGCCAUGAGCUUGAGCUUGUUCACCCUGCGCUUUGUGUAUGGCUUGCCCUUCGCUGCCUUACAGCAAGGUUUCAACAACUGGCGGACCUUGGUGCUGCUCUUUUCCUACGUAGCCAGCGGCCUCACCACGGCGCUGAUGGUGAAAAAACUGGGCGCAGUGGCCAAGUCCCUCUGCGUGCCCAUCUAUUUGGGCGGCUGCUAUUUCUAUGCGGUGCACACUGGAUCUGCAACGUUCACUCUGCCCGUCAUCGCUGCUUGGACCACAAGUACUGCAUGCAUACUGCUCUAUGCCAUCUCCAAGAUGAAUGGCCAGGAGGAAUGCCACCAGCAGACCGCGAAGGCCAGCUGCGACGCCGACGACCCGGAAACCGGGCUGUGGCAGCGCGGCGUGGCGCUGCCCAAUGAGAAACCACCGGAGUCGAAUGAGGAGCUUCUGAGCAGCGAGCGAAAGGACUUGGCCAUGAAGGCAGAAGUGCUGAAGCAGGAGUUUAAACCCUUGGCGCUCAGCGACACAGAGGAGCAUGCGAAGAAACGUAUUGAUCUGUCCACGCAGCUGUUGCUGACCUAUCAGGCAGUGCAGCAGAAUCUGAACACUUCUGGGGAACAUCGCGAUGAGGUGCGGCAGAUGAGGGAGAAUGACCUGCAACACGUGUUGCAACAGGUGCAGGCGUGCAUCGUGAAUUUGCAGAGUCAUUCCGAGUCCAGCAGCUGUCAGCGCAAAGAGUUGGAGGGCGAGCUGAAUCAGUCGCAAGAGAGUCUGAAGAUGCAGCUUUCUCACCUGGAUGAGGUUCGCACUCAGAUCGACAAGGAGAUCGAAGAGUUGGAUGAACGAAAGCGACAACUGAGGAUCGAGUUGGACGACGUGUCGCGGCAGCUGGACGAGGCGCGGAUGAAGCAGAAACAGCACAUGGAGAAAUCCGAUAAGCCCAGGCAUCGCAACGAGCUCUACAGUGUGAAGGCUUCCAUCCAGGAAAAGAUCAGCGGUGCCAGCAAUGAAGCAGCCAACUCUGAGAAAGAGAAAGAGUUGUUGGAUCAGACGAGGAAGAUCUUGGAGGACUCUGCAACGACCUUACAGACCUCAGUGCAGGAGCAGCAGGUGGAUUUGAAGCAGAAGCUGGUGGACUUCCAGGAACACUUCAAGGCGUUGCUGGCGGAUCAUCUUCGCUUUUGCGAGGUGAAAGCCCGACAGCUCCAAAGCCAAGCAGAAUCCUCUGUGACCGAGGCCAAUAAGGAGUUGCUGUUGUCCACGGCGCGUGCAGCUGAAGAAGCGCUGGACGAGUUUCAGAAGAGCUAUGCUGGGUACCUGACUGCUCCAGAGCUGCAGACACAGCUGGGCCAUCUCCGUGACGCCUACGGCAAGACGCUGAAGAUCCUGGGCGCGGCGCCCGUUGCAGGCGCCGCGGGUAGCGAAGCAGCGGGCGCCUUGCUGGAGCCGCUGGCGCCGGAGUUGGUGGACGGCGAGUCCUUGAGAGCUUAUGCACAUCGACAGCCUUGUCACAAGCUGCCGGAGCAGGCUGCGCGGCAAUACUAUCGCCAGGUGGUGGAUGGAGUAAACUACUGCCAUGACCACAUGGUGGCGCAUCGGGACCUGAAGCUUGAAAAUCUCCUGCUCGACAAGAGUCGUGAAGGAGUGAAAAUCAUCGACUUUGGCUUUGCAGCACACGUGCCCAGCAAAGAGACCAAACUCAAGGCCUUCUGUGGCACCCCAUCGUGCGCGGCGGUGUCAGCUGGGGGUAAUGGCAUCCUGAGUCUUCCCUUGGCAUCCAGCUUGUUGCUCGAUGUGGAUGACACGCUGUACCCGGUCACUUCGGGCUUUUCGGACCACCGCAAUGGGGAGGUCAUUUGCAAGUUCAUGGUGGAGAACUUGGGUUUCGAGUCCGCCGAGUCUGCCAAGAUCCUUCGUGACGAGUACUUUCAGCGCUAUCAUUCGACGAUGAAAGGCCUGAACGUCGCGACUCAGGAAGGCAGACUGCCAAAGCCCUUCAAGCAGGAGGAAUUGGGCCAAUACUGGGCAGAUCAUUGUGACUAUGCCAGGUUCAUUCGUGCAGAUCCUGAUCAGAUCGAGGUGAUCCGAAGUCUGGCAGAGGAUGUGGGGUUGAAGAUGGCGGUUUUCACCAACUCCCCCAGAGUGUAUGCGCUGAGAUGUUUGGAAUUUCUGGGUCUCCGAAAGUUCUUCCCGGACGACCAUGUCUUUGCUGUGGAGGAUGUGCUCCCAGCCUGCAAGCCGCAACCGGAGGCCUUCAAAAAGGUCCUGGACGCCAUCGGCGCGCGGCCGGAGCGAACGGUGAUGUUCGAGGACUCCAUGAAGAAUAUCCGGGCCUGCAAGGCCUUAGGUCUUCACACGGUGCUGGUGCAUGAGGGCGAUGCUGCGUCUGGAGGUGAAGCCGCCUUACUCGGUGACACUCCAAUGCGAGAUGAUCCCGCCGUAGAUGUGGUGAUCAAGGACAUGUCGGAAGUUCCAGCUGCCCUGCCGGGCUCCAAAAGCUUCUGCCCCACCGUGAUGUCGUCGCAUUGCGACACGUACAUGGCACCGGAAAUUAUCCGUGGGGAAGGCUAUUCAGGCUUUGCGGCUGACGUUUGGGCGUUGGGUGUGGUGAUCUUUGCACUCCUCUCUGGGACCUUGCCCUUUGCAGCCAAGACGGAGAUGCAGCUUUAUGCUCGCAUUCGACGCGGAAGCUUCACUUUUCCCGAUGGCAGUUUCGGUGAGAUUCAAAAGAGACUCAUCAAAGGUGUCAUGAGGAAAGAUGCAGCUGCCAGGCCAUCGACGGCCGCCCUGCUGCAGCAUGCCUGGGUGGCUGGCAGAGAUAGCAUCGAAAAUGUGGAUCCUUAUCCCAUCAGUGCCAGCUGUACGCCUCAAAUCAGCCCGCGACCGGUGAAGUUUGCCAUACCUGGGCCCAACAAAGCUCCAAUGAGCAGGCCGCAAACUGCGCCGAUCACACGCUCAAAUGCGCGGCAUGGCAACUGCCCCAGCCACGUCGCCCAUGUUGACCUGACGCGGAAGUUGGGACCAACACGAGGUGCCACUGCUUUUGGUGGCAGUUGA